AUAAAUAUAACUAUAUAAUUAAAUAAAAUUUAUAAAAAAUGAAUAAAAAAAUAAUUAAACUACCAAAUUAUUUAUACAAAUAUAUUUUAAAUUGUAUAUUGGUUUAUAUUUAUAAUAAAUUAUCAGUUUCCUACUAUAAUUCAGUUUUUAAUAAUAAUAAUGAGGUAAUACAAUUUUCAUUAGUAUGCAAACAAUGGUUUAAAUAUGUAUCAAAUAUUUUAUCAUUACAAAUUAAUUAUAAAAACUAUUUUGCACUCUACCCAUUAAUUGAAAAUCCUACUCAUAAUCUCCAUAAUAAAUAUAAAAUAAUUAAAUUAUCAAACUUAAAUAUUUUAUACGAUAUGAUUCUUACCUCUAAUCAUUUAGAUAGAUAUAUUAAUAAUAUUAAUAACAGUAACAAUAACAAUAACAAUAACAAUAACGAUAAUAACAACCACCAUAAUAAUGAUUAUAAUUUCAAUAAUAAAAAUAUUUUAGUUCAUUCUUUUGAUUACAUGGAGUCAAAUAAUAUAAUUAAAAAUAUCAGAAGAUUCCCAGAUUGUUUUAAUUUUAACCUAUCACUAUCAUCAACUUCACAACCUGAAAACUAUAUUCAACUAUUAAAUAACUCUAAAGAUUGUUUAAAUAAAAUUAACAGAGUAAGUGUCAAUGAUCAUGGUCAAAGAGAUGGUUUGAAAAAUAUAUUAAAGCUAAAUGAUAUCUAUAAUAUUUCAUUUCAAGAUGACUACUCCUCUUCAUCAAAUAUACUCUUAAAACUUAAAUUCAACCAAACAAAGAAAUCAAAAAUAAAUAUUGAUCAUUUAAUAUUAACAUAUAACUUUAAUAAAAACAACUAUAUGGACAAUUACCAAACAUCUACAAGAAAACUAAAGAAAUUUAGAUUUGAUACUACUCUUAAUAAACUAAUCUUCAACAAUAAAACCAACCUUCUAGGCAUUUCUGAUGAAGAAGCUAAUAAUCAAAACAACAAUCACAAUCAAGAAAGUUGGGAAAACAUUGUAAAGGUAUUAUCAAAUGAUCAAACACUUCAAAGAUUAUCAAUUAAUGAUCAAGGGAAUAUUUUAGGUCGAUCUAUGUUCAGUAAUAUCGAAACAUCUUUAAUCUAUGGUGGCUUUGGAUCAAUUUUAGCAAGUCCUUUAUCCAACAUCAAAUCAUUCUCCUUCUUUUCUGACUCUGUUGAAAUAGAUCCACAAUUACUAAAGGGUAUAUCAUGUAACAAAUCAAUUCAAAAUCUUACAAUACCAGCCAAGUAUUUUGUAAACAUUAUUAAUAAUGAAGUAAUGGUUAAUAAUAGGACCAUUAGAAAUUUAUUUAUAACCUCUGGAGUAACUGAAGCAUUAGAAAGUGAAAUUUUGGAAGGCCUACAUAUGCUAUCAGUAAUAGAACAAUACAACACUAUGAUUGAUAUAUACUCCAUUUCUUUUGAUAUCAAUACAAACAAUGAAAAUCUUCACAGUUUAGUAUCAUUCAUUAAAUCAAAUCACUUUAAUAUCAAAGAGUUCAAUAUUACAAACAAAUAUAACCCACAUUUAGUAUAUGAAAGAAUUUCAUAUCAGCUACAUUCAAACCAUUCUAUAAUUAAUGUUUCUACAAGAUAAAAUAUCUAAAUAACCAAUUUUAAAUGUACAAUUAAAUUUUUUUAAAUAAAUAUAAUAAAAAUAGUUUUAUAAAAG